GCACUGUUGGUGGGCAAGCAGGUUGGUGCAGCUACUGUGGAAGCAGAACGGCUCUUUCUCUGCCAUCACGGUGCAUGCGUUUGCUUCUCCUUCGCCAUGUCUUCCCACAAGACUUUUGGGAUCAAGAGGUUCCUGGCCAAGAAACAAAAGCAGAAUCAGCACAUUCCCCAAUGGAUUCCGAUGAAAACUGGUAAUGAAAUCAGGUACAACUCGAAGAGGAGACACUGGAGAAGAACCAAACUGGGCCUAUGAGGAAUCACACAUGAGAGAUGGCUCACAUAUUUAUGCUGUGUCCAGAUUGCCUGCACCUUUAAAUGAUUGAAAAGACCACUACUGUCAGGACAGUUGGGGCAUUUUA